UCUGCCGUGUAUAGUAGUGCAUGGCCACCGCCAUGCUUUAUGGCAAACGGGUGUUCGAGUGUGCGUUUCAUCGUCUCUUACCUUUCUUCAAAUGAGUGGCUUGCAGUACAAACCAACGCUUGGUACAGCCACCAUGUCGUCGGAACCCGUUGUUCGGACUGAAUGGGCCAGUUUUAUAUGCGGUGGCAUCGCUGGCGCAGUCUCACGCACAAUGACUGCACCCAUAGACCGAGUAAAGGUGCUACGGCAAAUGGAAGUCCCCGAAAUGAUGGGUAAAAAUUUUGUACAAAGUUGGUAUCUCAUGUAUAAGGAAGGUGGAUUUACCUCUUUGUGGCGCGGAAACGGGGUGAAUGUUCUCAAGAACUGCCCCGAGAGUGCCAUCCGAUUCGGACUACAUGGAUAUCUCAAGACUUUACUGUUUCCUGAAUCAAAUGUCAACAUCAAUCUCGAACAACGCUUGCUUGUGGCUAGUCUAGCGGGUGCCGCCUCUCUCACGUGUACCUAUCCGGUCGAGAUACUGAAAACUCGAAUGGCUCUUCGUCGAUCUACAGACCCCAAGUCCAUCGCCUCUUGUGUCAGGCAGAUCUACGGACAAGGGGGCUUGUGCGGCUUCUACCGCGGCUACAAGAUCAGCAGGCUCAGCUACGUGCCUUAUUCGGCAUGGAGUUGGCCAUCUACGAGUCUACCCGGCCAACUUACUCCGAACACGUUUCCAAACCUCACCAUCCCCUCGAGCUGCUCCCGUUUUUGCCACCAUCAAGUCGAUUUGCGCUCAGUCAGGACCCAGGGGUUUGUAUAAAAGGAUGGGCGCCAGUCUCUCCAAAACCCUUCCCUCAGUCUGCAUUACCGAUGUGGUGUUUGAAUUUACUUCCGAACUACUUUGCGUACCUGGACUCGGCUCGAGGUAGCAAUGUGAGGCCCUCGUGAUUCCAUGUAUUUACUCCGGUAUACCAUUCAACAAUUAACUUACCAUUUC